AUGGCAGUAGAGCAGCCGCCGUCCAGCCUUGCUUACCGCACCACGGGCUCCACCUUGUUGCAUCCGGUCAGCGACCUCCUGGGCAUCCCGCUGGACCAGGUGAAUUUUGUGGCAUGCCAGCUAUUUGCUUUACUUGCUGCUUUCUGGUUUCGCAUCUACUUGAGUCCUGAGAAGGCAAGUUCUGCUGUUCGCCAUGCCUUUGCCGCCAUUUUUGGAAUCUAUUUUGUCAUCUUUUGCUUUGGAUGGUAUUCCAUACACCUCUUUGUGUUGGUGUUAAUAUGUUAUGGAAUCCUGAUUACUGCAAGUAUGCGCAACAUUCACAGGUACUCCUUUGUGGUAGCAAUGGGUUAUCUCACAGUAUGCCAUAUAAGUCGGAUAUACAUAUUCCACUACGGGAUUCUCACUACAGAUUUUUCAGGGCCACUGAUGAUUGUGACCCAGAAGAUCACAACCCUGGCGUUCCAAAUUCACGAUGGAUUGGGUCGAAAAACCGAGGACCUUACUCCUGAACAACUUCGACUUGCUAUAAAAGUCAGACCCUCUUUCUUGGAAUACAUAAGCUACCUUCUCAAUUUCCUGAGUGUCAUAGCUGGGCCCUGUAGUAGUUACAAGGACUAUGUAGCUUUUAUUGAGGGGAGACACAUACACAUGAAGUUGCUGGAAAUGAACUGGAAGCAAAAGGGUUACAGCAGCCUUCCCAAUCCUUCUCCAACUGGAGCAGUGAUUCACAAACUGUGUAUCACCCUGGUGUCUCUCCUCUUUUUUUUGACUCUCACAAAGGCCUAUCCUGUCACUUUCCUGGUUGAUGACUGGUUUGUCAAUCAAGCAUCUUUUUUGUCAAGACUUGGCUACUUAUAUAUUGUUAUGCAAGCAUCAAAACCAAAAUAUUAUUUCGCAUGGACAUUAGCUGAUGCAGUCAAUAAUGCAGCUGGCUACGGGUUCAGUGGAGUUGACAAGAAUGGAAAUUUCUGUUGGAAUCUGCUUUCUAACCUAAACAUCUGGAAGAUUGAGACUGCAACAAGUUUUAAAAUGUACAUAGAAAACUGGAAUAUUCAGACAGCUGCUUGGCUAAAGUGCGUGUGCUAUGAGCGAGCUCCCUGGUACCCUACAGCAUUAACGUUCAUCCUGUCUGCAUUGUGGCAUGGUGUCUAUCCUGGAUAUUAUUUUACAUUCAUAACUGGAAUCCUGGUUACAUUAGCGGCUAGAACAAUGAGGACCACCUGUCGACAUUACUUCCUUUCUUCAGAAUCUCUCAAGGCAGCCUAUGAUGUAGUCACGUGGGCUUGCACUCAGCUGGCUGUCUCUUACACAGUGGCACCUUUUGUCAUCCUGGCAGUGGAACCAGUCAUCACUUUGUACAAAUCAUUGUAUUUUCAUCUACACAUCGUAAGCCUCCUGAUAUUACUAAUUCUGCCCAUCAAACCACAAGCCAAAAGACAGUCUCAGACUCUGAACUCUUUUAAUAACAAGAAAAAAUCCUAA